AUGGCAAGAAUGCGGAAUGCCCGGGAGGACGUGUACUUCGCCAAGCUUGCAGAGCAGGCUGAGCGCUAUGACGAGAUGGCCGAACACAUGAAGAACGUGGGCGGAGCGGACUCGGAGCUCUCUGUCGAGGAACGUAACCUGCUGUCCGUGGCCUACAAGAACACCGUGGGCUCUCGUCGUGCAGCCUGGCGUAUCAUCACCAGCGUUAUGCAGAAGGAGACUACAAAGGGCAACACAGAGAACGCCGCCUAUGCCAAGGAGUACUGCAAGAAGGUUGAGGAUGAGUUGCAGUCCAUCUGCGACACCAUUCUUGCACUCCUGGAUGGCAAACUCAUCUCCAAGGCUAGCAGCGGCGAGUCCAAG